AUGGGCCCCUGUACCGCCUCCUCAUGCUGCUGCCAGGCCCGUAAUCUGCCAUGGGCCCCCGUACCAACUCCUCAUGCUGCUGCCAGGCCCGUAAUCUGUCAUGGGCCCCUGUACACCGCCUCCUCAUGCUGCUGCCAGGUCCAGAGUGUGUCAUGGGUCCCUGUACGGCCUCCCAUUGCUGCUGUCUCCAUCGCCACACUCUGCCAUGUGCCACUUUCAGGUCUCCUCACACUGCUGGUGGGUUCCAUUUUGUCAUAGGGUGCUGUAUGGCCUCCCAUUGCUGCUGCCUCCACCGCCACACUGUGGCUCCACACUCUGGUUUUGGCCCCGUGACUGCCCAAAUGAGUGAAGUGUGCGGUGAUUCUAAGAUCGACGGCACUCAUCUGCAUGUCAUACUGACUGACAGUAUUAUUUCUCUUCCCCAGCAGACUCCAAGGGCAUUUAAAUUAAAGGUGCAGUGUUCUGCACUAAUAUAA